AUGAGAUUCCUCGCCCUCUUGACGCUACUCUGCAGCAGUGUCGCCUUGGCCUCGGCAAUACACCUCGAUUCCAGAGCCCCAAAGUGUCCCCAGAAAAACGGCAACAAAGACGAUGAAAUCAUCGCGAAGUACAAGACAACCGGCCAGUGCUUCAGUUACAUCGGCAAUGGCAACCGCGAUAAGACCUUGGCACCUUGUUCUGGCCCCGACGGCUAUUGCCAGAAGGUGAAGGGGAUGACAAAUGAGGCGGGUUGUAAGUCUGUUGUCCCCGAAGGCGUCCAACUCGACCCCGGCACUCUCUUCAAAGACGAAGACUGCAACCAGUGGUACCCGGGCCAAUGUGUCUGCGAGUGCGAGCUCUGCGACGAGAUCUCCAAGAUCGUAAUCGGAGGGCUCGAGCCGCUCGACAAGGUUAUCUGCGCCGUCAUGCUCUCCUCCCUCAAGUCCAUCGCAGACUUCGGCCUCUUCUUCAUCCCCGGCGGCCAGGCCUCCUCCGCCUCCCUCUUCGGCAACUGGGUCGGUAACGCCUGCGGCGUCCCGGACUUCGACUUUGACAUCACAAAGGUCUUCAGGUCCCUUCUCGGCGCCCCGGAAUCCAUGUCCCGUGGGGUUGAGAAGCCGGCGCAGGCCACGACUACCACGAAACCCGCAGAGACCGCCGCGCAGGCCACGACGACAAUGUCGAUGGUGACUUCUUCUCAGGCCUCCGACGCCGCGGCCAGCAAGAGGAGCUUCUCAAAGCUGCUCCGCGAGAACCUGUCCUCGUUGGCCUUGAAUCUCUUCCGGCGCACCAUCGGCCAGAAGAUCGUCAAGACCACGCCGGGCAGGGCGAAGACCGGGUACAGGUGCUGCGUGAGGAAACACGCCACGAGCAGCGACGCGGAGAAGAUACCCGAGAUCGCGAAUUACUGGGCGUUCAAGGACCCCUGGAACAACCAGCAGUGCAGCCGGACGGCGGACUCCCAGAAGGACUUUGACAAGGAGUAUAAGAAGCUGACUAAGGACGAGAAGAACGGCUUCGCGACGACGGAGAAGAUGGAUUUUCCCAGCCCGGCUGGGUUGGCUUGCGGGAGCGUUGGUUCAUGGGGCUUAUGGAUGGAGCGGUGUUACUCGCGACGCUGUUGA